AUGGCGGAGAUUGCUGCCAGUAGUGCUGCUGCAACAAAAUGUACUGAUAUAUUGGUAGACAAAGUAACAAAGGAACUUCCAUAUUUGUGUUGUUACAAAAGUUAUGCAGCUGAAUUUGAAGAGAAAAAAGGAGAAUUGUCAGCUGCAGUGGAGAGUGUGGACAUGAAGAUAAAAGAAGCCAAAAGAAGGAAUGAAACUCAAAUUGACCCUUUAGUUAAGCAUUGGGUUCGAAAAGCCAACAACUUCAUUCAGCAAGAAACAAGACCAAAGAAAUGGUUUGGUUUCUGUAAUGAUUGGUUUUCGCAAUAUUCACUGGCGAAGAAAUUAGAGCGCAUCAUGCAAGAGAUUCCAACAAUAAUGGAGAAAGCUGAGAACUUCUCACAAGUUGCACGUGCAGCUGGACCUCCAGGCAUGGAGUUCUAUUCACAAGAGUUUAUGCAUUUUAAGAGUAGAAACUUAGUUUAUGAACAACUUAGGGAGGAGCUGAAAAAUGACAAUAUACAUAGGAUUGGAUUGCAAGCAAUGGGAGGAUCAGGGAAAACCACAAUGACAAAAGCAAUUGGUAAGGAACUUGAAAAUUCAAAGGCAUUUGAUAAAGUUGUCUUCAUUGAAGUGCCUAAUCCUGUUGACGAAAAGAAGAUUCAAGAUGAAAUUGCAAAAAAAUUGGAGUUGAAGUUGGAGGAUGGCAAGGAUUUAACACACGCAGAACAAAUAUGGAUCAGAAUCACUAAUGCUGGAAGUGUACUCAUAAUACUUGAUGAUGUCUGGGAAGAGCUCAAACUUGAGAACAUAGGGAUUCACCAUGGCAUCUAUAGCCAGGGCCGGUGUUGUGUCUUGCUAACCACACGUUAUGAGACAAUUUGUAGAAGAAUGAGCUGCCAAAAGACUGUUAAACUAGGGCUCUUACCUGAGGAAGACGCAGUGAAUCUUUUCCUACAUCAUGCCACUGAAAAUGGGAAGGAUUGUCCUAAUAAAUUGAAGUUGCUAGCAUCAAAAGUUGUGAUUGAGUGUGGAAACUUACCAGUUGUAAUUGUAGCAGUUGCACGAACCUUUAGAAAUUGGGAUCCAAAUGAAUGGGAGGAUGCUUUUGCAGUAAUAGAAAAAGAUUCAUCCUUAAGGCAUGGGAACACUGAUGAAGAAGUGAAAAAGUUUUACAAUUCUCUGAAAAUAAGCUUCAAGUGUCUAGAUAGAGGAGCGCAAGAUCUCAUCCUGCUAUGUUCUAUAUUCCCAAGAGCUUAUGAAAUACCAGUAGAGGUUUUAAGCAGAAUUGCUAUAGGUUCAGGGCUGAGUGAAAAUGUUGGCAGCUACUAUAGAGCAAGAAGUGAAGUGCUUUCAAUCAAAACCACACUCGUACGUUCUACUUUAUUGCUCACUACUAGAGAAGGAUUUGUAAAGAUGCACGAUGUGAUUCGUGAUAUAGCCCAUCAAAUAGGAGAUGAAAAGAUUCAAGUAAUCAUGGAUUCUAAAAGUAAAUUGAAGGAGAAUGUAAAAUAUUCAUCCUGGAUGAUAGAUGACUUUUCCAACUCUUUUGAGGGCAUUAAUCUUGAGGUUCUUUUAGUAUGGGUAAAUAAUGCAAGUCAUUCUUUGGGAGUUCCUGAGGCAUUCUUUGGAGAAGGCAACUACUCUUACCAGCGUUCUUUUCAAUUGGAUGCUUCAACAAAAAGAUAUUUCAAUUCAACCAAGUUAAAAGGGAUCUUGUCUGAAAGCACAAUCAAAUCCCUGGCAGCAAGAGCAGAGAUUCUUGAGUUAACAGAAUGUAAUGAUACAAGAUGGACAAACCUUAUUCCUGACAUAGUUGAUCCUCAAGAAGAUGAAGGCAUGAAUGGCUUAAUUAGGCUUUCUUUGAAAUCUUGGCCUGCAAUACAAUGCCUCAUCAAUACAAGUGGAAUUCAAUCUCAUGCAACCAUCUUCUCAAACUUAGUUGAGCUACGACUUUCUAACAUGUGUGUGAGGGAAUUAUGUCAUGGUGAUUUUCCUAAUGACUUUCUCAAGCAACUAGAGAAGCUAUGCAUAAGUGGUUGUGCUGAAAUAGACGGCACACUAUUGAAGGGCAAGCUAGAGCUAAGUAGUUUGAAGUCUAUAGAGUUAAAUGGUUGUUCGAUGACAUAUCUUUUCUGUCUAUCCACAGCUCAAAGUCUAAAGCAACUGGAAAAUUUGGACAUAAGCGGAUGCUCAAAGAUGAAAUGCCUAAUAAGUGAUGAUAAGAGAUCUGCAGAGCAAAAAGUGGACGAUCAUCAUGAUUGUAAUCAAAAGACCCAUCACUCAAUGUUCCCGAAAUUGAGGUCUCUGAACAUUGAAGAAUGUCAUGAGUUGGAAUUUAUAUUGCCAAUUUUUCCUUGCAAAGAGCUAGAAAGUGUGAAAAUCCGUGGUUGUAAUAAGCUAGAAUUCAUAUUUCGGCAAUGUUUAGAGGAGGGAGGUAUGCGUCAAAUGGAAAAGGAAACCAUACUCCCCUCACUACAAGAAAUAGAAAUUGCAAACGUACCCAAAUUCAUCAACAUAUAUCCAGAAUAUUAUCUCCCACAGUCUUCUCAAGUGCAGAAAUCAUGGGGCCCUCUGUGUCGUUUAUCUUCAAAAGCAAGUGCCUUUAGCAUCAAUGAACUAUCUUUUUUCAGGGCCAAUCAAUUGAACCUUACUCAGGCAUUAAAGGAGAAACAUCUCGGUAAAGCUAGUGGACUUUUUACACCUUCAUUAUGUCCAUACAAGAAUUUAAGAAAGAUGAGUGUAGAGGGAUUUUCUGAGUUGAAGUCACUUCUUACCCUGUCGAUUGCCUCAUCAUUGAAAUUGUUAGAAGAAUUAACAAUCAGUAAAUGUGGUGAACUGGAGCACAUAGUCACAGAUGAGGGGCAUGCUUACAGUCAUAUGAAUGAUUGUUGUAUCUUUUCCAACUUAAAGCAAGUUGAAGUCUUCAAUGCUGAAAAGUUGAAAUAUGUGUUUGGAAAAUGUCAUUCCAAUCAAAGGCGUAAUGUUCAUAUUGAACUUAAUCUCCUAGAUCUCAAAAGACUAAGCCUUCAUGAUGUGCCAAAUAUGGUGAGUAUUUGCACCAAAAAGUAUUCUGUGAAGGCAUUAUCUCUACAAGAUAUAAGUUUGAAAAACUGCCCACAACUUCCCAUAAAUAAUGUUAUAGAUUUAUCCAUUGAUGUGCAAAAAAGAGAUCACCUCUCAAAGGAAAAGGAAAAAGGAAAAAAUGAAUUAACAUGUUUGUAUUUAACCAAGGCAUCCAAAUCGAAGCACGUGCCAAGUACAGCUUCUGGAUAUUUUCCACUACCAUUAUCUCAAUCCAAUUUGAGAGGGAUUGAGAUAACUGGAUUUUCCAAGUUAACAUCACUCUUUACCAUAUCCAUUGCCUCAUCACUGAAGUUCUUGGAAACAUUGUAUGUCAAGGAGUGUGAUGCACUGGAACAUAUUAUAACAGACGAGGGGCCUAAUGGUCAAGCUUUUUAUUCAAAAGACUUUAAGGAGUUGGGAUAUGUGAGCAUCGGGAAGGCAGAAAAGAUGAAAUAUGUAUUUCGAGAAUGUCAUGCUGAUCAGAAUCAUAAUGUUCAGAGUAAACUUAAUCUCCCAGCCUUGAAAACAAUAUACCUUGUAGAUUUACCAAAUAUGCUUCCUCAAACUUUUAUAGAUUUCUUGGUUGGUGGACACAAAAGACAAGAAGAUCUCUCAAGCAGAAAGGCAUUAUCUUUCAAGGAGAAAGGUAAGGCACUUUCGAACUUGCAAGAGUUGGCUGAUUUAAGGGAUAUAUAUGUGGGACCUAAAAUCUCUUUGAGCUUUCAAAACCUUUCUGUUCUAGAAUUUGAAAAAUGCAAACAGUUGAAGUUCAUACUGUCUGCUUGUACCACGAGAAGCAUACCAGAAUUGAGAAGGCUAUUCAUAUCAGACUGUGAAGAGUUGGUGAGCAUAAUUGAGGAUGAUGAAGAGAAUCAACAAAAUCCUUUGGAUCUGCAUCAACCAUGUUUCCCAAAGCUAUGCCAUAUUCGAGUAAAGCACUGCAAGAAGUUGAAAUGCUUAUUCUCUGUCUCUACAUGUGCUAAACUUCCAUGUCUCUUGACGUUGGAGAUAGAAGAUGCUCCUGAGCUUGCUCAAGUAUUUGAAUGGAAGCAGGGCGCGCCGCAAGAGUUGGUCAUCAAGGAUGUGCUUCCAAAUUUACUUGCAAUAAGACUGGUAAAACUACCAAGUCUUCACACUAUCUAUCAUGGAAUUGAUUUCCAAACUGUGAAAAUCGGUAUUGUGCAAGAUUGUAACAAUAUCCCUUCACCUAAUGUCAGCUCCUCUGAGAGUAAGUAUUCACAUAUACGUAGUUAA